CGUUCUCUAUCCCAUGUCCGAGCUCUUUUCAACUUUCUAGCUAGACAGAGAACUUUCUCGUUAGAGAGAGAAUUUUCUCGCCCCGUCCUUUUUCUUUUCCUUUCGUUUUUCUAGGAAAACAAACAGAGAGAGAGAGAGAGAGAGUUUGCGAUGUUGGGCGUGUUCAGCAACUCGGUCGUGUCUCCGCCGGACGAGCUGGUCUCCGCCGGCAGCAGAACCCCAUCGCCGAAGAUCACGGCGGCGGCUCUGGUCAACCGCUUCGUAGAGACCAACGCCAGCACCGUGUCCAUUCAGGUCAGCGAUCAGGCUCAGCUCGCCUACUCUCACCACAAAGAGUCCGCGUUGCGACCGAGAUCAUUUGCUGUCAAGGAUGAGAUAUUCUGCUUGUUUGAGGGAGCACUUGACAACUUGGGGAGCCUGAGGCAGCAAUAUGGACUUGCCAAGUCGGCGAACGAAGUGAUUUUGGUCAUCGAAGCCUACAAGGCGCUGCGCGACCGGGCGCCUUACCCUCCCAGCCAUGUUGUUGGCCACCUAAGUGGCAGUUUUGCUUUCAUAGUCUUUGACAAGUCCACAUCCACCUUGUUUGUGGCUUCUGAUCAAUUUGGCAAGGUUCCUCUCUAUUGGGGAAUCACUGCUGACGGAUACGUGGCAUUCGCCGACGACGCAGAAUUGCUCAAGGGUGCUUGUGGCAAGUCACUUGCUUCAUUCCCUCAAGGAUGUUUCUUCUCUACAACAGUGGGAGGACUCAGAAGUUUUGAGAAUCCCAAGAACAAGAUCACUGCUGUGCCUGCUACUGAUGAAGAGAUCUGGGGUGCAACAUACAAGGUGGAAGGCCCAGCGGUUCUUGCAGCCACAGAGUUCUAGAUCUUCCUUGACAAAUCAUGUGAGGUUUUUAUAUGGUUGAAAUUGCCAGACAAAUCUAUGUAGGCCAUGUAUAAAUACCUGGUAAAGUUUUUGGCUGUCGGUAGAGAGCGGAUGUAUGGCUAAAAACAGCUCUGUGUCGUUUAUGUAGUUUAUUUUUUUUCUUUUUUGUGUCGUUUAUGUAGUUGCUCUCUAAAAUUGGUCUUUUUACUCUUGGAGCUUGCCGUUGUACAGCUACUCUUUUUUUUUUCUUCUUGUGUAAUAAAAUGUCUGUAUGCAAAAAACAGCUUAAAAAAAAAAAAAAAAAAAAGUCUGCUGAAAUUAAAAUUUCUUUCAAUUUUUGUCAGAGUAUUAGUACGUGGCCUAACCCA